CUAAAAUGUCUACUGAGGCACAGAGAGUGGAUGAUAGUCCCAGUACUAGUGGAGGAAGUUCCGAUGGGGACCAACGUGAAAGUGUGCAGCAGGAACCAGAAAGAGAGCAAGUUCAGCCCAAGAAAAAAGAGGGGAAAAUAUCCAGCAAAACAGCUGCUAAACUGUCAACUAGUGCUAAAAGAAUCCAGAAGGAACUUGCAGAAAUUACGUUGGACCCUCCUCCCAACUGUAGUGCUGGACCCAAAGGAGACAACAUUUAUGAAUGGAGGUCAACUAUAUUGGGACCCCCAGGAUCUGUCUAUGAAGGAGGGGUGUUCUUUCUUGACAUUACCUUUUCACCAGACUAUCCGUUUAAACCCCCUAAGGUUACCUUCCGAACAAGAAUCUAUCACUGUAAUAUUAACAGCCAAGGCGUGAUCUGUCUGGACAUCUUAAAGGACAACUGGAGUCCGGCCCUAACCAUUUCUAAAGUUCUCCUCUCCAUCUGCUCACUUCUUACAGAUUGCAACCCUGCUGACCCUCUGGUAGGCAGCAUUGCCACGCAGUACAUGACCAACAGAGCGGAGCACGACCGGAUGGCCAGACAGUGGACCAAACGGUACGCCACAUAGGGGCCUGCUGCCUGCCUCCCCGCCGGACCUGUGCAAGCACAUUCACCAAGUGCAUCAAUAGCCCUGCCCACCCCUCCCAACCUCAGUUCUUAUUUUCUUAUUUUUAUUAGAUUUUGAACCAUUUUGUGAUGGUAUGUCAUCUAUCCCCCCUCUUACCUACUCCUCCCCUCCCUUUGACUCUCUUUUUGAUUUCUUAACUUGAAAGAUUUGGGUUGUUGUUUUUUUUUUCCCACCUCAAAGUGGAUGGGAGCUUUUGUUUUCAGUGCAAAAAAUGUUGGCCCUGUAAUAGUAAAAGCUUUCUUACAAAGCUUUGUAUUACUGUGUGGUUUUGUUUUUUUCUUGUCAUUUUGUUUAUUUUGAUUUUUUCCCCCUUUUAUGCGAUCUUCGGGAAAACACAAGUUCAGAAUUAUAUCUUGUUUCUACUUAAAUGUAGUGCUUAGGAUUAAUUUUUUGUACUGAAGUCUUUAUUGGUGGGUGCAUGCUACUGGGAACAAGUUUUUGUACAAAAGCUUAAAUCAGAAUCACUGUGCAUUACUGAAACUCUGUUUAUCACUAGCCUUCUGUCCCCCACACAGAAGACUGUUGGAUUGAACAAAAUAAUAUGUAUUUUGAUUUCCUUAAAGUGCUUGUAAAUUUCUUAGGGACCUGCCACUUUUGACUGUGGAUCAGUUGAUGUACACUUGUAUUACUAAAGCACUCAAUAAAUCACUGUGGCUGAUAAAUGC